GUGCUGGCGUCCGUACCGCGCACUCUCCGCCCCUGCCUCGAACUGGGUCAACCCCUCGGACGACCGUCGAGGGCUGUCGAGGGCUGUUUGCCCCCUAGAGAGACACACCGAGGCCAGUUGCGAGGCGCGCGCGCGACCAUACACCACGCCGACCAUCGAACACCCGAACGAGUACGCGCCGCGCCGCACCGCCUACGCUUCCAGGACUAGUCACGCACCCCGUACAACCACCGUGCACCCCCAGACACACGGAUCUUACGUGUCGCACCACCACCAGGGUGGACCGCAACCCCUGCUCCGGGACCUGCCUCGCUGCAAACGUUCCGUCGGCAAGUUCUGUCGUUGCCGGAGUUUCUCGGCGAGAAAAAGGGGAAGAUUAAUCAGUGCCGGUAGGAAUGGCGAUCGCGAGGGACGCGUCCACGAUGGCUCACGGUAGAUCGUGAGAUUUUCGGACGCGGGAGAAUUCGCAAAGUGUGCCGCGGAUACGCCGUGAAAAGUUGCGUCGCGAGCGAUGACGUUGUGCCAUGUGUUGUUGUGACGUGUCCACCUGCGAACGUGCUGUUCCCGGAAACGUGGAUCCCGGAUCCGGAAUCGUCGUCGAGAGUGUUUCAUGUUCCUGAAGCCUCUGAUCGAUCGUUUGCGCGCGGUACCGCGAUCGAGACAGGAGUAUCGGUGAUCGGUGAAGUUUCGAUAUUGUUCCUCGAGCGUGGGUGCGACCGUGAUCGAUCGAGCAUCGAUCGGAGGAAAGUGUCUUCGAGCGGAGAACGGUGCUAGUCCUCCUCGGCAUGAAGGGGAGUGUUCUAUGUUCCUGCGUGUAUUCCUGAUCAAAGUAGACCGUACGAUUGAUCCCGGACAUUCGAGGGUGUAUCUCGGGCGUAUCGAUAGCUCGAGCCAGGAACCAAGCACAGGAAAAGUGUCCUCGACUGGAGGAGAGCGCAAGUACUCGGCAUGAAGGACACUCAUUGGCCGGUCUUCGUCUGCGUUCUCAUGGCGACGACGGUGCUUUCCUGCCGGCAGAGCGAGUUCCCGUGCGGCAACGGACGCUGCAUCGCCCUGAACAAGGUGUGCAACGUCAUCGACGACUGCGGCGACGCGACCGACGAGCCGCGUCAGUGUUCGCCCUGCAACAAAACGUACUACGGCGACGUGGGGAAAACCUACGACCUGGAGCUCCAUCGACCGAAGGAGGAUAAGGUGCCUUACUUUUGCAAGCUCACCUUCAGCGCGCCGGGCGGCGACUUGGGCGACAUCGUUCAGUUGACGUUCGACAGCUUCACCCUAGGGAAAUUCGUGUCGUUCACCGCGGAGGGCUGUCCGGACGGUUCCCUGCAAAUUUCGGAGGCGGAACGGCCGGACGUCGGCGGCCUCUGGUGCGGAACGUCCUGGGGCCCGGCGAUCUACUACAGCGAGACACCGACGGCCUCCAUAUCGCUGAAGCUGCUCCGACUGAGCAAGGAUCAGACGGGAUACAAUUUCGACUUCCGGAUGGCGUACAAGACGAUCAGGAAGUCGGACGCGGUGGUGCGCUACGGGAAUCCGUUCGUCGGGAUCACCCACACAACGGUCGCACCGUCGCCGACGGAGGUGACGACGGCGUCGUUCACCGGCGAGUACGCUAACAGCUCUAUGGCGGCGGUGCCGGCGCAGAUGGUGGAGCAGCCGGCGACCACCCCGAAGCCCGGCGCCGAGCAGUACCUCGGGGACCUGAUAUCCGGGACCUAUUGCUCCCGAAUAUUCCACGGCUGCGACCGGAAGAAGUGCAGACUUCAGUCGCCGAACUUUCCCGGAUUGUACCCGCGGAAUCUCACCUGCUACUACGCGGUGAGGCAGCCCGACAUACCGGCCGGGAAACACGCCUUAAUUUCGGUGAAACAGCCCCGGGGCCAAUUGGUGGCCAUAAGGGCGCGGCCGGCCACCCAGGUGGAGUCCUCGCCCCGCGAGCUUCGCCUCUGGAAGGACUGCGACGUGGUGCAGGACUACGUGACCGUGUACGACGGCUACACGACCAGGGAUCCGGUGAUUCUGAAAUUCUGCGGGGGCGGGGAACCGGUGCCAGAGGCCACCAGCAGCGGCACGGAGAUCCUCGUCGAGUUCACUACGUCUCCUUACGGCACGUUCCUGCAGCCCACGCCUCCGCACUCGCUCCACGGCUUUCAAUUAGAAGUGCAAGUGAAGUUCGUCGACGUGGACUCGCCCACGUACGCGAAGAACAAGCACUGCGAGUUCUGGCUGCAGGGCAACAGCGGCGGGGUGCUCGCCUCGCCGCGGCACUCGUUGCCGAGGAACAGCACCUGCCUGUACCAUCUCCGAGGGGCGGGACCAGCGAUGCCGAGCCCAACGCCGCCGCGACCAUUGCCCAAGUUCCCGGAACAGAGGCCGGGGACCGUGUGGAGAAGGCCGGCGCCAAGGCCACCGCAGCCGCAGUUCCGCGUCUGGCUGUCCAUCCUGAAGUUCCACGUGGGCACCAGCCUGUCCACCGCCGACGAGGACUGCUCGACGACCCUGAUGGUGUGGGACGGCGAGAUGAUGCCGCUGUACGGGUGCAACGACCCCUCCUGCGAGAAGGAGCAGGCGAAGCGAGCAGACAAGUCGAACGAGCCCUCGCGACCCCUGGUGGGUCGACCGGCGGGCAACACGACCCUGCUGGCCCGGUACUGCAAGGACAAGGUGCCCAGGACCUGCGACCACGCGAUCCUGCAGAACACCAGUCGGCCCUGUUCGCUGGGGGAGAGCUUCGUCUCGAGCGGGAACACCUUGACCAUCGAGAUGAGGAUGGUCGAGUCGACGGCUCUCAGGCCAGUGAAUUUCCGUGCCCUGUACGAGUUCGUCGAUAUCCAUCAGGACGGGGAUCCUUACGGGAACGGGCCAUGCCAGAGGAUCUUCUACAGCCGUAAUCGGGAUCACUAUCCUGAUCGUAGAUUCCAGGCUCCGCGCGAUAUCUUCCUUUACGGUCGGGGCGGUUCGAAGAACAUCAGCUGCGUGUACCGGUUCGAGGGCGAGCACGACGAGAUCGUCAAGCUGAGGUUCAACAAGCUGCUGAACGGGAAUCGGACAUGCCGCAGCGUCUCCAGCUCGGACUUCAGCCGGCUGCUUUGCGUCGGCUCCGACAACUUCUCCGUGAAGGUGAUGGACCAGCCGUGGCCGAACGCGCCGCCGGUCCAGAGGGACUGUUUCUGCUCGAACAGGUCGCUGCCGAUGAACGUCAAGUCGACGUCGAACGUCGUCGAGGUGCAUUUCAACGUGCUGUCCAUGGACGCCCUCGACGAUUACAACGAUCUGUUCUUCGAGGCCACGUGGGACUUCAUCAAGACCAGCCCGUGCCUACAGAAGCGGAGGGUGCGCGGCCCGUCCGGGGAGAUCAAGUACAAAUCGCCCGUCGUCGACGAGGACGAGAAGAACUGCGAGAAGCAUCCGUGGCUGAUAGAACCGGGAUCGACCCAGUACCUGUACGUGAAGACGCAGGGCGUCCUGAUGUCGAACACCAGCAACAAAUGCGCGACGAAGAAUCGUAUCGUGGUGCACGUCGGCAAUUCAGCCCCUAAAUCGGUGUGCCCGAGGCCACCGGCGGACAUGAGGCACAGCGUGGUAGAGGUGUUCAGCGACGGCUGGGCCGUCAGCGGCGACGCCGUUUUCCCCAACCCGGGCCAGGAACCUGUCAAAAGCAUCGCCGUGGAGUUCAUCAUGAAGGAACCGGACAGUUACACGGUUACCUGGCUCGAGCUAACCAGGAGGCCGUCGGUGACCUCGACGGCGGGCCUGCAGAUGCCGAAGGACUGCGAGCAGCGUUGCCCGGAGCUGGACGCGUGCAUAAACGCGUCGCUAUGGUGCGACGGCGUCACCCAUUGCCCGUCGGGUUACGACGAGGCGUUGAAGCACUGCUCGAUGCUGCUGCAGCUGCCUCCGUUGCACCUCGCGCUCAGCCUCCUCGGGAUCCUGACCAUCCUCGUCGUGAUCUGCAUCGUGAUAUGGCGGAUCUGCCGGCAGCGCGCCAACAGGUCGAUAUCCCAGCACAGGCUGAAGAGCAUCUCCUCGGAGACGGCGAUCAUCGACGGCAAGGAAGUGAUCUGCUGACACAGCGACAGUUCUGUGCGGUACGUGGAGGUCGACCGCGUGACCACCGUGUGACGAUCAUGGGUCAUGCUUGUCGGCCGCCGUGGGCUCGCCCUAAGGGUGCUCAGGAUGUCAUCCUGAACGGGGCGACGCCACGGCGACCGCCGCCUCCGCGUAACGCGCAGAACUGCUUCGAGAGACCGGGUCCACGACUCGGACAUCACGCACGGUGGUUCUCUGCUCGAUGACUCGGAUCCGGGCCUGCCUGUCCCCCGUCUAGAGGGGUCCGAAGGGGUUCCGAGACCUCCCCCCAGCGUCCGCAAUUCUUCAGUCUUUUUAGCCAGCCGCGGGACUGGCCGCGUUUAGGGAAAGAUGGACUCCGCGUAGAGCUAGUUUCUGGGACUCUUCGAUCGCCGGGCUUUGGUACAGUUAUGUCUCUCUAAUUGACGCUCGGAUUGUCCACAAAACAUGCACGAUUUUGGGAAGAGGAGAUACGAU